AUGACCAGGCUGCGGGGAGGCUCUGGGAGCGCUCCGGACCCAGGGCGACCCACUGCCGUCGGUGACAGGGGACUCCAUCAUCCAUCGAAGCUCCCCGCUGGAUCCCCAGAUGUGCUUACCAAGAAUACUAUCGCUGUGACGGAUCCCGCACGAGUGCUACCAUGGAAUAAGGAAAAGCGCCAGAGAGAUUUCAAUAUCCUUGUCAAAAGGUAUAAGAGCCAGCUCCUUUACGGUUGCCAGGACCCGUUUUGCACCACCCCUACAUGUUUUAGUUAUCGCAAGAGAGCCUCAGAUGUGCCUCUUCGGAGGUUUACUGAACUUAGUGCGCGUACAGUAGCAUGCUAUUUAGCCAGUCAGGACAACCCGGAGCGAGGGCUGUGCCGAAAUAUCCCAGCCAUCAACACGGAUUUCCUCUCAGGAGACCCGACCCGACAACAUAGGAGACGAUCAUGUGAAGCAUCCCAACAAAAUGUCAGAUUUGCCUCCGACUUUCAAAGUUCCGAUAACGUGGAAGAUAAUGGAACCCCAAAGAAGCCAACUGCCGAAAGGAUGCACCAAACGGAAUCCGGGGAUAAUGGGGCUGUUUCGAAAUCAGGUGAUGAGAACGAGAAAACAGAUUCUCCGCAGAGCGAAGGGGCCAAAGGGCCGUUGAGAUUGAAGGACCCGAAGUCGUUUACUCAAAAUCUUUUCGACACACUUUCAUUGCGUAUGGUCGAAUGGCUACCAUUACGAAAAUCUCCAGAAGCCUUUGAUACUACCCAGUCUGACCCCAGUGAGGACGGUAACUUGCCAUCCAAGUCUCCUGAAAAAGAAGCACCACCGAAAAUCCAAGACCAUCCAAAUAACCCAAAACGAAAUGGUCGCCAAAAACAAAUCUCUUCACAACCGAGUAUUAAGCCGCGACGGCAAAGCAUUGCAUCUUCUAACCCUCAACCGACGGCGGUUGAAGUAAAGAUCCCUGGACAGCCUGUAAAGCGCCUUUCCCUCGGCGAAAUGGAGCACCGGAAACAACCUUCGAAGUCCUUUACCGAGGACAGAAUUCGCUCUGAACGCAAACCAGCUCGAAAGGUUUCGUCGCAGAACACUCCGUCAAAUCAACCAUCGCGUGCCUUGCAAUCUCCACCUCCUUUAAAGCACCGACCACAGAGACAUAGCAACGCAAAUGGUGAUGUGAGCAACCCUUCCAAGCACGAGCAAAGACAGCACAUGCGUGUCUCGCGAGAUGGGUCCCGGGGUCCGAGGAAGUUGGAAAAUUCAGAGCGGGACAAUAACCGGGUAUCCAUAGAUUACAGCAUGCAACACUCGCAAUCUGCAACCCACCCCCUGGAAAUUCCGGUAUGCAAAAAUACCCACACCGGAAAACAACUUAAAACUCAGCAAAUUCAGACCCUAUCCCACCUGUCAAAGCAGUUAGUGACUGGACUUGAGAAAUUGAUGUUUGAAAAUGAUGAAAAUAGAAACAAGUGGGAUGAAGAAAUGUCAGAAUUAGAGUCUCGCGGGUAUUCUGAACCUUGGGAUUGGCAGUAUGCGACUCCGCGCCAGCGCGAGGUGUUCCCGUUUGUUGCACAAAGUGUGUUUUACGUUCUGAGCAGUCCCCGGCAACUUCUCCAAUCCUUCCGAAAGGACCCUCCAACGCCGUUGGAAGUCAACAAUUGGGAGAACGUGAUUAUCGUGCUUCUAGCCUUAGCAACCUCCAUUCCUCUGACUGACCCGAGAACAUGGGAGGUCGUUCGUCAUGUCCGCUCCUCGGGUACCGUUUUACCUGACGCCGAGAUGAGAAAGCAUUCUGGAUCUACCAGGAGAUCGCUAGUGGCCAUCUCAGAAAAGUUUGAGCAUGACCUCGCUCUCCGAUUAUUAAAUCGCCUAGUUCGGGCGGUUUCUGCGCGGUUAGCUUUCCAUGAAAUCUCGAAGACUCGGACAACUAAUAUCCAUGAUAUUGAACGACAAGAGAAACACGACUUUACAAGUCUGAUUUUACAAUCUCUGCGUGACCUCUCCAAGCCGAAUGAAAAGUCUUCACAUAUCCCACCUCCUUUUUUACAUGAAGAGCGCCCUACCAACCUCCAUAUGGUAACUGUGGAAUGGUUGCGGACUCUUCUUUUGAAGGAAUGGGACGGAAAGCCUGAAAUGGCCAAGUCCGGUGCCGCUGGUGGCGCUUUACAACUCCUCGCAUCAAUGUAUACAGAUCGCUCUAGACUUGGUUUACGGCCUGAAGACUUCCAUACAGCUUUGCUCUCAGAGCGUUUAGACCCCACAGAAAUGCCUGUCGAAUGGCUUGGAAUCCUUCAAAAUAACAAAUCAGUGCAUCUCUUAUCAUAUCCCUUCUUAUUUCCUCCCUCCGCGCUGGUCAUAUAUUUCCGGGCUAUCAACUAUGCUAACAUGUCCAAAUCAUAUGAAGCCGCAAUGACUACCUCACGACAUGUCACUCAACCGGCAUUCUCGAGUAUCAUACCGAUAGAUGAUGAUGUUAGUCUGCUUGCAAGAUUGAAGACGUCUAUCUCGACAUAUCUGGUCCUAGUUGUAAGACGUGAUAAUGUUCUUACCGACGCUCUCGAUCAGUUGUGGCGACGAGAAAGACGUGAGCUAAUGCGACCCCUUAAAGUUCAAAUGGGUAUGGAUGAAGGGGAAGAAGGUAUCGAUCAUGGUGGUGUUCAGCAAGAAUUUUUCCGCGUAGCUUUUGGAGAGGCAUUGGACCCAUCAUACGGGAUGUUUACGAUGGAUAUGCGAACUCGCAUAUCUUGGUUUCAACCUUGUUCGAUGGAACCAUUAUACAAAUUCGAAUUAUUGGGCUUGUUGACGUCUCUUGCUGUUUAUAAUGGUUUGACACUCCCGGUUAACUUCCCAGUUGCGUUGUACAAGAAAUUGCUGGGGUUGAAAGUUAAGACCCUUGAUGAUAUCGAAGUCGGCUGGCCGGAGCUUGCGAAGGGUUUGAGUGACCUGCUAUCAUGGGAUGACGGCGAUGUUGGUGAUAUCUUCAUGAGGACCUAUGAGUUUAGUUUUGAAGCGUUUGGAAACUUCGUCUCUGUCGACAUGGAAAAGGUUGACCGCACUGAACCAUGGCCGGCCACUGAACGACCAACUUGGGAAAGGAAAAAGCGUGGAUCGUAUAGCCGACAAUCCUGGUCAGGGAAAAACAGUCCCAGGGUGGCCCUCGAUGAUAAUAUCUCAAUGUUGUGUGAAUGUGCCGAUGAAAGUUCCACAUUGAAGAAGGAUGGAACGCUUUCUGGAAUACUGAAAGGGGCUUCAUCAAGAACAUACAAAGCUACACGACCGCCUCCACAGGAGGCCGCUUUGGUCACGAACGCGAAUCGAGAACGAUUUGUCAAGGAUUACAUCUUCUGGCUGACGGACAAAUCCAUCCGCCCACAAUAUGAAGCAUUCGCUCGCGGUUUCUACACCUGCCUCGACCGAACGGCCCUAUCGAUAUUUACUCCGGAAGCAUUGAAGACGGUCAUCGAAGGGAUCCAGGAGAUCAACAUCGAAGAGCUUGAGCAUCAUACCCGGUACGAAGGUGGCUUCGAGCCUGGUCACCGUGUCAUCCGCGACUUCUGGGUCAUAGUGAAAGGUUACCCGCAGACGAGGAAACGUCAGCUGCUGGAAUUCGUCACGGCUAGUGAUCGAGUACCCGUCAACGGCAUUUCAAGUAUUAUGUUCGUGAUCCAGAGGAAUGGUACUGGAGACAGUCGCCUUCCCACUAGCCUGACAUGCUUUGGCAGACUCCUUCUGCCUGAUUACUCUAGCCGGGACAUCCUCGAAGAGAAGUUGGAAAAGGCUCUUGAGAACGCAAGAGGCUUUGGCGUCGCCUAG